GCUGGUCUCCCCUAUCUCCAGUGUGUACGUCCCUAACAUUGAGGAGGUCCUGCUGUGUCUGGGACUCCACUCCGUAGACAUGGGGCUGGCUCUGGUGGACAACAUACUCAGGAGUCCCAGCAACAGGGCCAAUUCAGGUUUUGGUAUGCCAUAUCUUGGAAAAGUUUGUGGCCAGGCUAAUGAAUCCACUGUUGAAUUGCUGUACCAGCUAGGAAUGGUCCAAGACCAUGGAACGAGAUUAAGAGUCCAGGCUUUGUUGAGCUGGCUGAAGGACAGUGCCAGACUUGCUCUACAGAGGUCCUCUCUCUCCACUUCUGAAGGAUACAGAAGAGUUCAGCAGGAGUUAUCCUCCCUUCCCAGCCCCGCCCCCUCCCACAUACAAGUGGUAUCAGCCAUCUUGUGGCAAAGCAAUGAUCUACCUGUGGAGUAUGAUCUGGGCGGUUUGGUUACCAGGGAGCUAGUCAGGUACAGGAAUAUUUGGGAAAUUCUCAAGUUUUCCAGUGUGAAAUAUGAGGAGUAA